AUGGUGAAUAUUCCUAAAACACACCAGACUUUCAGUAAGAAGUAUGGCAAGCACCAACCCUGCAAAGUGACACAAUACAAGAAGGGCAAGGAUUCACUGUGUGCCCAGGCAAAGUGGCAUUAUGACAGGAAGCAGAGUGACUAUGGUAGGCAGACUAAGCUGAUUUUCCAGAUAAAGGCUAAAACUACAAAGAAGAUUGUGCUGAGGCUGGAAUGCAUUGAGCCCAACUGCACAUCUAAGAGAAUGCUGGCUAUUAAGAGAUGCAAGCAUUUUGAGCUGGGAGGAGAUAAAAAGAGAAAAGGCCAAGUGAUCCAGUUCUGAGCUUCAUACUUUUAUUAUGAAGACAAAAAAAAUGUUGAGAUUGUUUUAAAAAAAAAUCUGAUGCUUCUUUCUUAGAUCAGUCUCUAAGGCAAUAGAAAUAAAAACAAAAAUAAACAAAUCAGACCUCAUCAAACUUA